GGGAGGCUGAGCCGAGCCUGGCUUUUCCUCCCCGCGUCACCCUCCGGGCCGGGAGGUGAGGACCCAGAGGUGUGCGUGAAAGCGCUGAGGAAGGGCGACGGCUCCUAGGAGGCGAGAACUCAGUGAGGCAUGUGGGAGGUUCUAUCUGUUCAGAGCUGAAAACUUAAGUGCUUUCUGCCAUCAUAUCAUCCAGCUUGAAGGACACAGAGAGACUGUGCUGUUUUUAGUUGCCUUUGUAGACUGAUCCACCAGUGUUUGAUAAUCUGCCUACCAUCCAGCAUUCCUGAAGAAAGAAGAGCCCCAGAAGUUAGGACAGGAAAAAAAUAGGGGAGGAGUAUAAUGUCUUCAGCAGUUCUGGUGAAGGUACAGAAGGAUGCCGCUUGCCCUGUCUGCCGAGAGCUUUUGACAGAACCCCUGAGUCUAGGCUGUGGCCACCAUGUGUGCCAAGCCUGCAUCACCAGGAACAAGACCAAAGUAAUCAACCCCAGAGAGAAAAGCAGCUGUCCUGUGUGUGGUACCAGAUUCUCAUCUAAUCAGCCUCUGGCAGAUGCAGUAGAGAGACUCAGGGAAGUCAAAUUGAACCCUGAUGUUGGGGAAAAGGGAGAUCUCUGUGCACAGCAUGGAGAGAAACUCCUUCUUUUCUGUAAGGAAGACAAAAAAGUCAUUUGCUGGGUUUGUGAGCGUUCCCGGGAGCACCGUGGUCACCACACCUUCCUCCGGGAGGAUGCAGUCAAGGAAUGUCAGGAGAAUCUCCAGAACACUCUCAAGAGGCUGAGGAAGGAGAAGGGGAAGGUGGAGAAAUUGGAAGCUGACAUCAAAGAAGACAGAAUUUCCUGGAAGUGCCAGAUCCAGACCGAAAAACAAAGGAUACAAACGGGCUUUAACCAGCUUAGAAGAGUCCUGGACAAGGAGGAACAGAGAGAGCUGAGCAGACUGUGCGAAGAGGAGCACAUGAUACUGGACAACCUGGCAGAGGCGGAGGCUGAGCUGGCUCAGCAGAGCCAGUUGGUGGAGGAUCUUAUCUCUGAUCUAGAGAAUCGGUGCCGGUGGUCAGAGACAGAUCUGCUGCGGGAUAUGAGCGGUAUCUUGAAAUGGAGUCAGAUCUGGACACUGAAGAAGCCGAAAGCCAUUUCCAAGAAACUGAAGACGGUAUUCCAAGCUCCCGAUCUGAGCGACAUGCUACAGAAGUUUAGAGAGCUGACAGCUGUCCGGAGUUACUGGGCGGACUUCACAUUCAAUCCAGAAAACCUCAAUUUGAAUCUUACUCUUUCAGAAGAUCACAGACAGUUGACUUCUGUGCCCAUUUGGCCAUUUAAGUGUUAUAAUAAUGGUAUCUUGGGCUCCAAAUGUUUCUCCUCAGGAAAACAUUACUGGGAAGUGGAUGUGUCUCAGAAGAAUGCCUGGAUCCUGGGAGUGUAUGCUCGGAAGCGAAAUUUAAAGUUUGAUGUUAGAAGAGGCAAAAGUCAGCCAAGUGUUCACCACAGAUACAAACCUCAGAAUGGAUACUGGGUUGUAGGGUUACAGGAUGGAUCGAAGUAUAGUAUCUUUGAGGAUUCUUGCAACGGUGACCCUACAGUUCUGACCCCCUUCGUGGCUGUCCCCCUCCAUCGGGUCGGGGUUUUCCUCGACUGUGAAGAGGGCAUAGUGUCCUUCUUCAAUGUCACAAACCAUGGGUCACUCAUCUACCAGUUCUCUCAAUGCUGCUUUUCCCAACCUGCAUAUCCAUACUUCAAUCCUUGGGACUGUCCAGCCCCCAUGACGCUGUGUCUUCUCAGCUCCUGAGUUUUCUUUCUCAUCAGUUUCUGUCUUCUUGCCUUAAUGCUCAUCUGCAUCUGGUCUCUCUUCUAUCAUGCUUAGAUGUGGUUCACCUGGCAUCAUUCAGGAGAGGUACUUACCCAUUUACUCUUACUCAUAUCCUCAAAGACAUCUACUCAAGCCUGCAGCUAGGUCAUUUAGUAUAACAUCCGUGUCCUCCAACUUCUGUGUUUCACUUUGUCUUGAAGAAUGGCGAAGAAGCCUGCUAGCCGCUCACUCAUCCCUGCUGUUUAAAGAGUCCAUAAAGACUGGCCCCUGCCCACCACUAAUGAGUUUUUAAGAAUAUGUUGGUUUGGUCAGGAUACCUCACGUUCAGAAGGAAGUCAAGAAAUACAAAACAUAAACAGCAGUGGUAGCCUAGAGUUGGAGAUACACAAAUUCAGGUGCAUCCUACAAAGUAUAAUAAGUUCAGAGGUAAAUACACUGAAAAUUCAAGUGCACCUAACUUAAUAUCCUUGUAUGAAACUAAAUAUCUGUAAAUAUAAAAUGCUCACUUGACUUGUAUAUAAUAAAUAUAUUUGUGAUUUCUGAAAA